AUGGCUAUGAAGAAUGAGCCUGAGAUGGAUAUUGACCAACAUCUACCUAAUUACAUAGUUUCUAUUCCUUGGUAUUCAUCUUCCAAUUUCACUAAUAAAUCUGAUAGUCUGAGACAUCAAAGAAAGAGAAAACUAUCAUUGGAUGAUAAUCAUCAUCAUCAGCUUAAUAGUUGGGCGUGUGAAAAUAAGGGUUUCCAAGUACUCACAUAUCGCAAAGGUUCUUGCCCUAACUGUAAAGCUAUCACACAUACCGAGAGGUCUUGCAUGGAAAGACCUAGGAAAAUGAAAACCAAGUAUACAGGAAAACACAUUGCUAGAGAUGAAAUCAUUCAUCAAGAAUCCAAGCUCGAUUUCGACGUAAAACAUGAUAGAUGGAAUGGUUUCGAUAUUGGAAAUCAUACUCAUAUCCCCAGGGAUUAUCAUUAUGUAACGAUGAUAAUGUUGACGUGA